AUGAAAAAUCUGUUCAUAAAAUUUCUGCUAACUAUUAACGUUUUUCGCGUCCGUUUGGGCUAUUCAUUUAAUCGAGUGCGAAUUAGCGAUGGAGUUCUCCAAGGUUUAAGACACACAACAAGAAAUGGAAAAACUAUAUCAAGUUUUUUGUCAAUUCCUUAUGCUCAACCUCCCGUAGGAAAUUUAAGAUUUAGAAAUCCCAUUCCUUGCAAACCAUGGACUGGUGUACGAAUGGCAGAUACAGAUGCUGAACAAUGCCCUCAACAAGAAGGAAUGAAUGUUGUUGGGAAAGAGGAUUGUCUCUACUUGAACGUUUAUACACCAAACCAAAAAUUGGGUUUGGGAGAGCACCUGUUACCAGUGAUGGUGUGGAUUCAUGGUGGAGCUUUCAAUUCCGGUAAUAGCAGUUCCACUGGAUAUGGUCCAGAUUAUCUUUUAGACGAAGAUGUAGUUUUCGUCUCUCUAAACUACCGAUUAGGGAUACUAGGGUUCCUUAGUACUGGAGAUUUAGAAGCUCCGGGAAAUUUUGGAUUAAAGGAUCAAGUUUUGGCACUAAAAUGGGUUCAGAAAAAUAUUCGCGCUUUUGGUGGGAAUCCAGAAAGAGUCACCAUUUUUGGUCAAAGUGCCGGUGCCAUCAGCGUUGGUCUUCAUUUACUUUCUGACGCUAGUAAUGGUCUUUUUCAGCAGGCCAUAAUGCAAAGUGGAAGUGUACUGGUACCUUGGGGCUAUCAGAAUCGCAGCCAGUAUGAAUCGCACGUAAAAGACCUUGCAUUUGUUCAUCUUUGUCCAACUUUUAAUUCCAAAUCCAUCGUGGAGUGUCUGCGAACUAAAAGCAUUGAGGAAUUACUAGACUUCAGAUCCAUACUUAUCGCGAACACUAAAAGAAUUGCAAAUAAUAAAAUGAAAGAUCUGCCAUUCAUCACUGGUUGUGUUGGAAAUGAAGCUGAAAUUUUGACAGAAGCUUUGUACUCAACCCAAAUUUUGUACAACUUUGUGGAAAUCAGUUUAAAGAAUCUUAUGGAUUAUUUUAUUGGGUAUUAUUUAAAGCCCCAUAAUGUAACACAACUAAGGGAAGAAAUGAUAGGUUAUUAUUUCAAAGGAUUAGGUAUCAAUGAUACUCUUAGCGAAAAGGUGGGCGAAGCUGUCAAAGGAGCUUUUGAUAACUCAAACUUCAUUUUAGGAACAAUAAUGAAGUUUUUCACUAGACAUUCUCUAAAUUUUGGCUCGUUGGCAGAAUUAUUGCAGGAAAUUAAGAAUCAUAAUUUGAAAGUAGAGAAAAAGGCUUCUGAACAUCAAGAAAAGUUUAUGGAAGGACUGACCUGGCUCGUCAAUGAUGCUUUCUUCUUUUAUCCGCAAGUAAAAUUUCUUGAGAAUAGAGCAAAGAUCGCUAAAAGCCCAUUUUAUUUCUACAUUUUCGACUAUCAAGGGGAAGUUGUCUCAGCUCAAAAUAAUGGAAUUUUGAAAUUCACGGGUCACAAUGAGGAUCUUUUUUAUUUAUUUCCCCUCAAAUAUGAGCGAAUGCAAGCUAUUGGAGCAGAUGGAUAUGUCGUUGAUGUAAUCCUGGACAUGUGGACAUCCUUUGCAAGAAAUGGGUAA